CAGACGCUCAGCUCUGUCUCCUAGGACCUCAGGUGUCAGGAAGCCAAAGAGAUUCCCAGCCACAGUUCGCCGAGCCACCCCGGAGACUCUGUCCCUUUGCGCUUUGGUGCAGUGGGUUACCCUGAACUCCAAUUCCCAGACACUUUGGCAGCUUGGCUCCCAGGACUAGUGUCCCACCACCCUUUCCCAAGACGGGGCAUCCUCCGGCCGGUCUCACCUCCGGACCAGGCCUCAGUGGCGCGUCCCUCUGAGGUCCUUGGAAGAAUCCCACCGCACCGCCCACUCCUAGGCCCCUAGAGAGUCCUUUUUAAUCUUUGCCUGGCGCGGGUUGAUCUCUGAUGCCAAGGAGGAAGCCGGGUGAUAACGAAGUAAGUGUUCCCUGGCCCUGCACUCCGGGCAGUCCCCAGGGUAGUCUGAGAAAGGGCUUAAGGCACCCUUAGUGGACUUGGCCUUCUUUCCGGGGCUCAUCCUGGUUCCCCGGCACCCCGGGGCCUUCGAUCCCUUGUCCACUUGACUCUCUGGAUUUGACAUCUAAACGCAGUGGUCUCCUAACUCUCCACGGACAGACCGAAACGGAAAUUGUCUUCAGACAUGACAUGGGCAUCCUUAGAAAGAAAUGAAUGAUCCCCCGCCAAACCCCAUCUCUACUAGAGAAACAUUUGGCCUGUUUUUGGUUCCUAGAAGCCGUGGCCCGCCAGCUAAGGCUUUCUUAAGGUGGCCAUUUCCAGGAAGGUUUAAAUGCGUGUCCUAGAGUGGAAAGAAAAAAAAUCAGACCAAACUUUCAGUGCUCUGGAAGAGGUAGCCUGCCUCUGGAAAGGCUUCUUUGCCUGGGUGACCAAACUUGAGAACCAGAGAGGCCAAGGGAAUGCCGGACCUUUAGGGCCCGAAGCCUGAAAGCAGAAGUGCAGAGAGCUUGGCACUCUACGUCCUACCAGGGCAGUCGGGCCUAGGUGGCCCACAGCCAGAAUACCACCGAAGGUUGACCUGGGCUGAACGCCUGGCAAGCCAAAACCUCAGAGGAACCAAGCAACACCGUCAUUAAAAGUGCAGGCCUUAAGAGGACUUAGGCCUGGGAAGAAAGAAAAACAGCCGCGAAAGAAAAACUAUGAGCCUUAAAUCGGAGCCUAGGAAGUCCCAUUGCUUUUUUGUUGUUGUUGUUGCUUGAGAGAAAUAGAUAAAUAAAAACAACGGAGAGGUUGUGAAAGAGGAGACCUUUGGCUACAUAAGGGGAAAAAUUAGGGCUAGAAGCACCCUAGAAAAGUCUCUGUGGAUCCCCCUCAAAAAAUGAGUACUGAAGUCCUAAUAUCAUCAAUUCUUCUUAUUUCGCGGUCAUUGGGCUGGAGGUGGAUUCUGCAGUUCUAACAUCAAGAAGACACCCUGACCCAGGACCUUAAACGCUAGGACCCGGGGAAGAGGAAAAGGAAAGGGGAAGGAGGAAAAGAGAAAGGAAGACUAGGACAAUCCUACAGAUCACCAGAAACUUUCCACCCUGGAUUCUCUACUUUUGCUCCAUGGACAGAGCCCCAGCCAGCCAAGUUUCAGACAGACCGUGAGCAGUCCCAGCGCGUUUUAUUGCGACCUGCCGGUGGGAACUUUGUCUCCAAAUCGGAGCAGCAUGGAGCGGCGGAGCGAGAGCCCGUGUCUGCGGGACAGCCCCGACCGAAGGAGCGGCAGCCCCGACGUCAAGGGGCCUCCCCCGGUGAAGGUGGCCCGGCUGGAGCAGAACGGCAGCCCCAUGGGAGCCCGCGGGAGGCCCAACGGCGCCGUGGCCAAGGCCGUGGGAGGUAACAGCCCGGAGCUGGGAGGUUUGAUGAUUCCUGUCUUCUGUGUGGUAGAGCAGCUGGACGGCUCUCUGGAAUAUGACAACAGAGAAGAGCACGCCGAGUUCGUCCUGGUGCGAAAAGACGUGCUUUUUAGCCAGCUGGUGGAGACCGCGCUCCUGGCCCUGGGCUAUUCCCACAGCUCUGCAGCUCAGGCCCAAGGAAUAAUCAAGCUGGGGCGGUGGAACCCCCUCCCGCUCAGUUAUGUGACAGACGCCCCUGACGCAACCGUGGCCGACAUGCUUCAAGACGUCUAUCACGUCGUGACGUUGAAGAUCCAAUUACAAAGUUGUUCGAAGUUGGAAGAUUUGCCUGCGGAGCAGUGGAAUCAUGCCACAGUCCGCAAUGCCUUAAAGGAACUGCUCAAAGAGAUGAACCAGAGCACAUUAGCCAAAGAAUGCCCUCUCUCCCAGAGUAUGAUCUCAUCCAUUGUAAAUAGCACGUACUAUGCCAAUGUGUCAGCAACCAAGUGCCAAGAGUUUGGGAGAUGGUAUAAAAAGUAUAAGAAGAUUAAAGUGGAAAGAGUGGAGCGAGAGAACCUUUCAGACUAUUGUGUUCUGGGCCAGCGUCCAAUGCAUUUACCAAAUAUGAACCAGCUGGCAUCCCUGGGGAAAACCAACGAACAGUCUCCUCAUAGCCAAAUCCACCACAGCACUCCCAUACGAAACCAAGUGCCCGCCUUGCAGCCCAUCAUGAGCCCCGGGCUCCUCUCACCCCAGCUCAGUCCGCAGCUCGUCAGGCAGCAGAUAGCCAUGGCCCAUCUGAUCAACCAACAGAUCGCCGUCAGCCGGCUCCUGGCUCACCAGCACCCUCAAGCCAUCAACCAGCAGUUCCUGAACCAUCCCCCCAUCCCCAGAGCAGUGAAGCCAGAGCCGACUAACUCCUCUGUGGAGGUCUCUCCCGAUAUCUACCAGCAAGUCAGAGACGAGCUGAAGAGGGCCAGCGUGUCCCAGGCUGUCUUCGCCAGGGUGGCAUUCAACCGCACACAGGGAUUACUGUCAGAGAUUCUGCGUAAGGAGGAAGACCCCAGGACUGCCUCCCAGUCUCUGCUCGUAAACCUGAGGGCCAUGCAGAACUUCCUCAACCUGCCCGAAGUGGAGCGUGAUCGCAUUUACCAGGAUGAGAGGGAACGGAGCAUGAAUCCCAAUGUGAGCAUGGUCUCCUCCGCCUCUAGCAGCCCCAGCUCCUCCCGAACCCCACAGGCCAAAACCUCGACACCGACAACAGACCUCCCUAUUAAGGUGGACGGCGCCAGCGUCAACAUCACAGCUGCUAUUUAUGAUGAGAUCCAACAGGAGAUGAAAAGGGCCAAGGUGUCUCAAGCCCUGUUUGCCAAAGUGGCUGCGAACAAAAGUCAGGGCUGGCUCUGUGAACUGCUUCGCUGGAAGGAAAACCCCAGCCCAGAAAACCGCACCCUCUGGGAGAAUCUCUGCACCAUUCGCCGCUUCCUGAAUCUUCCCCAGCAUGAGAGGGACGUGAUCUACGAGGAGGAAUCGCGACAUCACCACAGCGAACGCAUGCAGCACGUGGUCCAGCUCCCGCCCGAGCCUGUGCAGGUCCUCCAUCGACAGCAGUCCCAGCCGACCAAGGAGAGCUCUCCUCCCAGAGAAGAAGCGCCCCCACCGCCCCCUCCCGCCGAAGACAGUUGUGCCAAAAAACCCCGCUCUCGCACCAAGAUCUCCCUAGAAGCCCUGGGCAUCCUGCAGAGCUUCAUCCACGACGUCGGCCUCUACCCCGACCAGGAAGCCAUCCACACCCUCUCGGCCCAGCUGGAUCUCCCCAAGCACACCAUCAUCAAGUUCUUCCAGAACCAGAGGUACCACGUGAAGCACCAUGGGAAGCUGAAGGAGCACCUGGGCUCCGCCGUGGACGUGGCGGAGUACAAGGACGAGGAGCUGCUGACCGAGUCGGAGGAGAACGACAGCGAGGAGGGCUCGGAAGAGAUGUACAAGGUGGAGGGGGAGGAGGAGACCACGGAGAAGAGCAAGGCGGCGCCCGCCGAAACCGACCAGAGAUAAUGUGAACUCCACCAGAUGAAGCAAUAUAUGGGUCCAAGGACUUUCUGUUUUCGUUUCUUUAAAAAAAAAAAUCUCUUGGCUUUGUUUUUAUUUUGGUUUUGUUUUUAUGGUCUGUUUUAUUUUUCUUACCCGUAAUGGCAUUCCUCUGUCGCACAGGAUCGCCUAUAGACUGAGUAAACUCAGUGGUUCUGAGUCGGGUGUCACCUUGGCAAAGACACUAAGUGUCAAACUCUGACCAUUGACUGGACCAUAGUGAUGCCAGUCACGGGAGACUCCGCCUUCAUUCCCCUUGCUCUUAUGGAAGAGACACCAGGCAACUUCCAGGACGGAAAGACCCACGAGAUAAAUGAAGGAAGCUACGAGUGUGUGUAUAUGUAUAUGUAUAUAUCUCUAUAUUUACAUAUAUAUAUAUUAAAAAUUGCAUGGGACAGAGAACUUUACAAUCCGAAAGAAGAGACUGUGAAAUGAGUUCUUAAAGAAAAGACUUGUUUAUGUAUAAA